AUGGAACCGUUAUCGACAUCCGGGCUAUCUCAGGUGUUAUGUGGUGGUUCUAGGCUAUUGAAGGUAUUAGAUUUGGAAGGGACGGAUUUAGAGGAAAUCCCAAAAGAAGUUUUCAAGUUAUUUCAUCUCAGGACAUUAAACCUCAAACGCACAAGAUUGAAGGUUAUACCAAGGUCCAUUGGGUGUUUGAGAAAUCUAGAAUAUCUGGAUGUGUCUUAUACAAAUGUGAGUGCAUUACCAAAAGAAUUGCUCAAGGUAAAGGGACUUAUCCAUCUAAAUGUGUUUCAAUGUAAUGAGAGCACGAGAUUCGUCAUCAAGGGAUUCCAAGGUCAACAUAAUAUCUCAAAGCUUUCUUCUCUGGAAUGGUUGUUUUGCAUAGAAGCAAAUGAAACCAUGAUCAAAGAGAUAGGAAAACUCAAGAACUUGAAGAUCCUUGCCAUUACGAUUCUAAGAAGAGAAGAUGAGAAACACUUUUGCUUUUCUAUUGGAAAUCUCACCAAACUAAGGGGAUUGGUACCCAAAUUAGUCUCUUGUUUAAAAGGUCUGAUGUCGGUAGCAUUGGUUUCGAGCAAGUUGAUUAAUGAUCCACUUGAAUCUCUUCAAUACUUGCCGAAUUUGCGAGCACUUAUGUUGGAGCAAGCUUAUGAAGGAGAGAGUUUGUGGUUUAAAUCUGGGUGUUUUCUGGAACUCGAUAAUCUGACCCUUGUCAAGCUACACAAUUUGAAAAUCUUGAGAAUGGAGGAAGGUGGAAUGCCUAAUCUUCGGAUGCUAGCUAUCAUAUCCCUUCAAUCAUUACAGGAAUUCCCUUGGGGUGUUCAACACUUGAUCAAACUCCAAUAUCUGUAUUUGGAAUUGAUGAGUGAUGAAGUGAUUGUUCAACUGCGGAAUCAAUAUGAAGAAAGUGAAGAUUAUCAAAAAAUAAGUCACAUUCUUCAAAUUUUGAUUUGGGAUCACCAAGAUGGAUGGUUAUUGAAGGUGUUAAAUUUGGAAGGUACGGAUUUAGAGGAAAUCCCAAAAGAAGUUUUCAAGUUAUUUCAUCUCAGGACUUUAAAUCUCAAAUGCACAAGGGUGAAGAUUGUACCAAGAUCCAUAGGGUCUCUGAAAAAUCUAGAAUUUCUGGAUCUGUCGUACACCAAUGUGAGUCCAAAUAAUAUCUCUAAGCUUUCUUCUCUGGAGUGGUUGUUAUGCAUGGAAGUGAACGAAACACAGAUCAAAGAGAUAGGAAAGCUGAAGAAACUGAAGACACUAGUCAUGACGAUUCUAAGAAGGGGAGACGAGAAACACCUUUUCGUGUCUCUUGGAAAGCUCACUAAUCUAAGGGAGCUUUUUCUUCAAGCAGAAUUCCCUUUGGGAGUUCAACAUUUGACCAAACUCCAACAUUUGUAUUUGGAGUUGAUGAGUGAUAAAGUGACCGUUGAACUGCAGAAUCAAGAUGAAGAAAGCGGAAACUAUCAAAAAAUAAGUCACAUCCUUCAAAUUUUAAUUUGGGGUCACAAAGAGGGCAUCCACAGUAUUGGAAUACGAGGAAACAAGGCACCAACAUCACUGGAGAUCGUAUGCCGCAUCAUGAAUUGCGUUCAGCAGCCAUCUAUCUACAAACUGCAGCAACAGCAAUCUGCAAAAUCUUUCACAGAAGCCAUGGAUUAUGGCAUAGAUGACAGAUCAACCAAAAGGGGUGUCGCAUCACUUGCUGGUUCAAGCAGUUCACCCUUAUGGAGCUCGAAUACUGCCCCACCGUCCGACCUGCUGCUUCGCAACUAA